UCCUCGCUGCCCCUCGCGCCGCCCCGGCGCGUCCCGCCGGGCUCCCCGCGGCCACCGCGCGGCCAUGGGGGGCUCCUGAGCGGCCGAGGGGAGCGGAGCCGCCGCCAUGGAGGAGCCGCCGCCGCCGCCCGGAGCCGCGGAGCCCGCGGGCUGCAACAAGGACGCGGACCGGCAGCUGCGCCUCCGCCUCUGCGUCCUCAACGAGAUCCUCAGCACCGAGCGGGACUACGUGGGGACCCUGCGCUUCCUCCAGUCGGCAUUUCUUCACCGGAUACGCCAGAAUGCUGUGGACAAAGCUGAGAAAUACAUAACAGAGGAAAAUGUUAAGAUCUUAUUUUCUAACAUUGAAGACAUUCUUGGCGUUCACAAGGAGUUCCUGGCUGCCCUGGAAUUUUGUUUACAACCUGAACCUCAGUCUCAGCAUGAACUGGGAAAUGUUUUCUUAAAAUUUAAAGACAAAUUCUUUGUGUACGAGGAGUACUGUAGCAACCAUGAGAAAGCACUCAGACUGCUGAUGGAAUUGAACAAGAUUCCAACAGUGAGAACAUUCCUCUUGGGUUGCAUGCUUUUGGGAGGCAGAAAGACGACAGACAUUCCACUGGAGGGUUACCUGCUGACUCCAAUUCAGAGAAUUUGCAAGUAUCCACUUCUGCUUAAGGAAUUAGCUAAGAGGACUCCCUCUAAGCACCCCGAUCACCCAGCUGUUCAGAAUGCAUUGCAGGCGAUGAAGACGGUCUGCACAAAUAUCAAUGAGACCAAGAGACAGAUGGAGAAACUGGAAGCCCUUGAACAGUUGCAGUCCCACAUCGAAGGAUGGGAGGGGUCAAAUCUGACAGAUAUCUGCACACAGCUCUUGCUCCAAGGGACUUUGUUAAAAAUCUCAGCAGGAAACAUCCAGGAGAGAAUGUUCUUUCUGUUUGAUAAUCUACUGGUCUAUUGCAAGAGGAAAUCCAGAGUUACUGGGAAAAAACCAUCUAAACGGACAAAGUCCAUCAACGGGUCCCUUUAUAUCUUCAGGGGCCGAAUCAAUACAGAAGUCAUGGAGGUGGAGAAUGUGGAAGAUGGAACAGCAGAUUACCACAGCAACGGCUACACUGUGACAAAUGGCUGGAAGAUACACAACACCGCCAAAAACAAAUGGUUUGUCUGUAUGGCCAAGACUGCAGAGGACAAACAGAAAUGGCUGGAUGCUAUAAUCAAGGAAAGGGAACAGAGAGAGAGUUUGAAACUGGGAAUGGAGAGGGAUGCAUACGUCAUGAUUGCAGAGAAAGGAGAGAAGCUGUACCAAAUGAUGAUGAACAAGAAAGUGAACCUUAUCAAAGACAGGAGGAGAAAAUUAAGUACUGUUCCCAAGUGCUUUCUUGGCAAUGAGUUCGUAUCAUGGCUCACAGAGAUUGGAGAGAUAAGCAAACCAGAAGAAGGGGUCAACCUGGGACAAGCAUUGUUGGAAAAUGGAAUCAUUCAUCAUGUUUCAGACAAGCACCAGUUUAAGAAUGAGCAGGUGAUGUAUAGAUUUCGCUACGAUGAUGGAACAUACAAGCCAAGAAGUGAAUUGGAAGACAUCAUGUCCAAGGGUGUGAGGCUGUACUGCCGACUACACUGCCUGUAUACUCCAGUGGUAAAAGAUCGUGACUACCACCUGAAGACCUACAAGUCAGUAAUCCCUGCCAGUAAACUAGUGGAUUGGCUUAUUGCACAGGGAGACUGUCAGACUCGGGAGGAAGCUGUCGCACUGGGUGUCGGACUCUGCAAUAACGGCUUCAUGCAUCAUGUCCUGGAGAAAAGUGAAUUUAAGGAUGAAUCCUUAUAUUUCCGCUUUUAUGCUGAUGAGGAGAUGGAAGGCACCAGUUCCAAGAGCAAACAAUUACGUAAUGACUUCAAACUUGUGGAAAACAUCCUGGGAAAGAGUCUCCUGAUUUUACCAGAAGAGGAUGACUAUGGAUUUGACAUGGAAGAAAAGAACAAAGCAAUCGUCGUGAAGUCAGUUCGACAAGGCUCUUCUGCAGAGAUGGCUGGCCUGCAGACAGGAAGAAAAAUCUAUUCCAUCAAUGAGGACUUAGUAUUUUUACGCCCGUUUUCAGAAGUGGAAACCAUCUUAAACCAGUCCUUCUGCUCACGAAGGCCGCUUAGGCUUCUGGUAGCCACCAAAUCAAAAGAGAUUAUUAGAAUCCCAGAUCAUCCUGAAGCACUUUGCUUUCAGAUACGGGGAGCAGCACCGCCAUAUGUUCAUGCAGUGGGAAGAGGUUCUGAGGCUGCCGCUGCAGGCCUUCAUCCAGGACAGUGUAUUUUGAAAGUUAAUGGGAAUAAUGCAACACAUGGAAGUUAUAUUGAAGUUCUGGAGCACUUUACAGCCUACAGGACCAGACAACAGGAAGCACUGGGAUUGUACCAGUGGGUGUACAGAACACACGAAGAUGCUGAGGAGGACAGAGUUCAGCAGGCAGCAUCCACGGCAUAUCUGAAUGGCAGUCAUCCUGGCUCCAGCAAAGACAACUCUUCACUGGAAGGAGGUGCAGAAUUGGAUUCCCUUCAAAAUAGCCAGCAGGAAUCAGCCCAGACACCACAGACCAUCAGCUCUCCACUAAUCACUGGUGAAGAAGCACCUCUCAUCAGCCUUACUGUGGAUAACACCCACCUGGAGCACGGGGUGGUGUAUGAAUAUGUCAGCAGCGCAGGAAUCAAAUCCUUUGUUUUGGAGAAAAUUGUGGAACCAAAAGGUUGCUUCAGUCUCACUGCAAAGAUUUUAGAGGCCUUUGCUGCAGAAGACAAUCACUUUGUAAAGAAUUGCAAAAGGCUUAUAUCCCUAAGCAGUGCCGUGGCCACCAUGCCCCAGUAUGAAUUCCGGCAAAUCUGUGACACUAAGCUGGAAAGCAUUAGCAGAAGGCUCACGAGCUACCAAGAGUUUGCAGAUGAUUUGAAAACAAAGGUGAGCCCAGCCUUCAAACAAGCUGUCAUGGAACCGCAUUCCCUCAACAGCAUAGAUUUCUGCCCCACCAACUGCCACAUUAACCUCAUGGAGGUAUCAUACCCCAAAAACACUACCUCAGCAGGGAGGUCGUUCAGCAUUCGCAUUGGACGAAAGCCUUCUAUUAUUGGUCUUGAUCCAGAACAAGUAGGUACCUUAAAUCCAGUCUCAUAUACUCAACAUUGCAUCACCACUAUGGCUGCACCAUCCUGGAGAUGUCUGACCCCAGAAGACGGAGAUCUUGAUGGUACCUUUGGCCAGCAGAAUGGAGGAACAAUUCAGGAAGAGAGGGGACUCAGUUUUCUGCUGAAACAGGAAGAUCGGGAAAUACAGGACUCGUACUUGCACCUCUUUAACAAACUUGACGUUGCAGUGAAGGAAAUGAAGCAAUAUGUCAUUCAGAUAAAUAAGCUUUUGUCCACCAUAACGGAACCUACAGAAGGUGGUGCCUGUGAGCCACCAUCUACUGAGGAGACAACUCCACCUUCCCUGGGAACAGAAGAGAGUGAUUCUGACAAAGUUGAGCAUGGUGGAAUCAAGAAGGUCUGUUUCAAAGUUUCUGAGGAGGACCAGGAAGAUUCUGGACAUGACACAAUGAGUUUCAGAGACUCCUACAGUGAAUGUAACAGUAACCGGGACUCGGUUUUGUCGUGCACCAGUGUGCGGAGCAAUAGCUCUUACCUGGGCAGUGAUGAGAUGGGAUCAGGAGAUGAGCUUCCCAAUGAUAUGAGGAUUCCUUUAGACAAACAAGACAAACUUCAUGGCUGUCUGGAACAUCUUUUUAACCAGGUUGAUGCGAUCAAUGCACUUCUAAAAGGACCAGUAAUAACCAAGGCCUUUGAAGAAACCAAGCACUUUCCAAUGGACCAUAGUCUGCAAGAAUUUAAACAGAAGGAAGAAACCACAGUUAGGUGCCGAAAUAAUAUCCAAGCCAGCAUUCAAGAAGAUCCAUGGAACCUUCCAUUGCGCAUCAAGAACCUUGUUGAAAUCAUACAAAAGCAUGUGGAAGAUGGGAAGAAUCAGCUGCUUUUGGCCUUGUUAAAAUGCACAGAUACCGAGCUACAGUUGAGACGUGAUUCCAUCUUCUGUCAGUCCCUUGUGGCUGCUAUUUGCACCUUUUCAGAGCAGUUACUGGCUGCUCUCAACUAUCGAUACAACAACAAUGGGGAAUACGAAGAGAGCAGCAGAGAUGCCAGCAGAAAAUGGCUGGAACAGAUAGCAGCCACCGGUGUUUUACUAAACUACCAGUCUCUUCUCUCCCCCGCUGUGAAGGAGGAGCGUACCAUGCUGGAAGACAUCCAGGUCACUCUGACUGAACUGGACAAAGUUGCUUUCUAUUUCAAGCAGCUGGAUGAAAGUCUUGUAGCAAAUACUCAUGUCUUCUACCACAUCGAAGGAAGUCGUCAGGCCUUGAAGGUUAUCUUUUAUCUUGACAGCUACUACUUCUCCAAACUGCCUUCUCGGUUUCAGAAUGGGGGAAGCUUGAAACUGCACACGGUGCUCUUUACAAAAGCUCUAGAGAGUAUGGAGGGGCAAUCGCAACCAGCUGGCUCAUCUCUAGAAGAACUUCAACAUCAAAUUAAUGGUAUUUCACUUGAAAAAGUGCAGCAAUACUACCGUAAACUCAGGACGUUUUACCUCGAGAGAUCGAACUUGCCCACUGAUUCCAAUACUACUGCGGUGAAGAUUGACCAGCUCAUUCGCCCCAUUAAUGCAAUGGAUGAGCUUUGCAGGCUGAUGAAAUCUUUCAUUAGUACAAAACCAACCCAGUCAGGAUAUUCUAGCAGUAACACAUCAGGAGCUGGCCUGCUACCUAUCUCCUCUGAGCUCUGCUAUCGCCUCGGAGCCUGUCAGAUCACUAUGUGUGGCACUGGGAUGCAGAGAAGUACAUUGAGCGUGUCCCUGGAGCAAGCGGCUAUACUGGCUCGCAGUCAUGGACUGCUGCCCAAGUGUAUCAUGCAAGCUACAGACAUCAUGCGAAAGCAAGGACCAAGGGUUGAAAUCUCUGCCAAGAAUCUGAAAGUGAUGGACCAAAUGCCACAGUGUGCACCUCGACUCUAUAGGUUGUGCCAGCCACCCACAGAUGGGGAUUUAUAAGAGCAAGAGAGGCACCUAUGUCACAGCAUCGUUGCAGCAUCAGACUCUGUGCAGCCCCAUCUGAGGACCCACACGAACUGACACUGCUGGUGCUGAAUCAGGAGAGGAAGAGAUAUUGCUCUGGGUUAGGAGGAGAUCAACCUGGACCCGGGCACCGAGAAUCUGCCCUUGCACCUCCUGCAGCACGUGCAGGGAUUCUUGUAUGUCUUUGGCUUCUUGAAGACAUUCUUGAAACGAACACAACAGAGCUCAGGUGGAUGUUCCUGCCGUUUGCUGGAUGCCUGGAAAAGUGACAGUUGUGUUUCAAGAGAGCACAGUGUUACUGAUGGCUUAUCUGUGCUGCCACCUAAAAGUUGUGGACUUCAACGGACUUCAGCCAGUACAGACUGGUUCAGAAAAUCCAGAAUGAUGCAUAUCUCUCUCCCUGUACUGCAUUUGGCACCCAUUUGAUUGCCGGCAUAAUUUUGGUCAGAGCCCUCGAGCAGUAGCUUCACAAACACCACUUUCUCAUGAACUGACCUGCACUUUUGAACAAUGAAUAGCACAAUCUAUGGCUUAUUCAAAUAUGAACGUAAAAAAUUUCUUCUGGAGUAAUUUUCCACUUCAGCCCAGUGAGAACCAGUCUCUCUAUGCUGCAGAGUAUACAUUCCAUAAUACUUCUUAACAUCACUUCAUUUUACUUACCGUAGGUUUCCGGUGUUUGAUUAACUCUUUUUACUAAUGCCCUGUUCUGUACUCUGGCAAUACAGUGUGAUUAAGAGGAGAGAUUGGGAGUGAAGGAUUUUAAAAGAAACUUUACGAAGGAAAAAUACAGUCUUAUAAUCUCAUUAUUUGAACAGAUAUAGUUUUUAAAACAGGUCAGAAGAACUAUACUUAUUUAUGUGGAGUGGAAUAUGUGUUUUUGAUCAUGUUAUUAUAUAUACAAGAUUUAAAUAAAAAUUAUAUUGUUUAAAAUGGGACCAAUAUGCUGGCAAUUACACAGCUACUCCCAGUUUACUGAAAAAAAUUACAUUAUUUAAAAUCUUCCAAUAUUUAAGUAGUCUUUAAUACAGUUAUUAAGAUGUAUUAGGGAUGCUGUUAAGUUAAAAGAAAAAAAAGGAAUUGUGUAUAUAAUGUACUUUAUUUUUUCUUGUUUGAAAAAUUGUUCUCCAUCCUGUCAGUAUUACCCUAAACACAGUAAUUUUUUCCAAAUUACUGGCUGAAACUAACUGAAACCUAUCAGCAGCCUCAGGACAGAAAUAGUGUUCUUUUGGAGUGAGUGCCUUAAUACAACCACCCAUCCCUAAGGAAUUCCAGUUGCAGCAGGUGUCACUAGGAGUGUCUGCAGGAAACUCACCAUUCCUUUGUUUCUCCGCAGCCUCGUUUAAAACCGCUCAGAGUUAGGAGAUCCAGACGCGCUUUGCAGUGAUGUAUAUUCUAGAAAAUAAAGAUUUGGGGGUUUUAUUUGUGACUGUGUUUGGGUUUUAGCUGGCUUAAUUUUAUUCUAUUAACAUCCAAACCAAAUCAAAACCUAAAACCAGACUUUUUGCCAUUUGAUUAUGAAGGUCUCUUAAAUUUUUCAAUCUACAUUUCAACACAAGAAUGCUGUGACACGUUUGGGAUGUAGAUUGUUCUGAACCUGUUUCUUGAUUUUUAUUUUUUUUGUUGUUCACUCACAGGCUGAAAUAAUUUUGGGGAAGGAACGUGUUUUGUUUUAUCUUUAACUGUUUUCUCUGACCUACAGCAACCUGUUGCAGGGAACUAGGACAAGCCCUCGAUUUCCAGCUGUGGGAUGAUGAGGCUGUUAGAGCAGCCAGAGGAGCAGGCCAUUAUUUCAAUGCACUUUCUGAUUUUUUUUGUUAAUUUUGGAAGAGUUACUCUUGCUGUUUGCUGUUUGAAGAAGAAGCGGAUGUUUCUUUACUGAAUCCUCAACUUAAAAUGUAUUUAGUGUUAUCAAAAUAAGAACCGUAGGAACACCCAAAAAUAAAAACAGAGAGGCCAAGGUCCUUGCUUUGUCUGCCCUGGCUCCGCUCAGCAAACGGCAGCACUUCCAGAGCCUGGUGAGGACCCUGGCCCACACUUGUGCAGUCACUGUAACCGUUAAAGAUGCGUAGGAGAGGAUCUAAGGGCAUUUACACUGUGCACUGUUUUACAUUGAAAUGUACAUGUUAUUCUCCUUGAAAACGUGAUAGAAGUUUUUAUUAUUAAAAGUUGGUUUAUAUUCUAAGGAAAGAAGGUAUGAUCUUAUUUUUGUGUUACGCCCUUUAGUUCCUUAGCUCUGAGUUCUGAUAUUUGUACGGAGCGAUGAGGAGUCAGAAGUUUAAAGUGUCAGGGGAAAAGUUGUUUUUGAUAUCGGCUGAAGCUGGCAGCGCACGGCCCAGCUCUUCCUGUUUGUGCAGUGUCAGUUACAGAUGUGGUUUCACUGCAGGCUUCCUAUUAAAGUAGAAAAGAAAAACUGUUCUGAUGCUGUAAAAUUGAGAGGUUUGAAUCCAGUGCUGGGAAAAAAACCAGAUUCAAGUGGAACAUAAGAGGGCGAUGCACAAGCCAACCUGCAAGUAAAGUGAGUAGAUGAGGUCUGUAGGAUUUUCAUGGCUAAAAGCAAAGUGAGAAUCAAGUCUACCACAUCCAAGCAAGUGCAGAUUUCAUAGAUCUGGAGCAUUUGAUGCCCUGGGACUGUGGAAAAUAUGGAAAACACAGUCAAGAUGGAGAAAAUGGAAACUAGCAGCAUGAUGAUGGGGUGUGUUAGCAGCUGGCUAAAGGCAAAAGGCAACACUGAAAGUGGGGGUUGGGGGGCAGCUGCAAGUGGAAUUUCCUCUGUGUUGGUCUUGUAACUGGAUUUUCUGAGUAAUUUCAGUGAUCACAGAUGCACAGGUACUGUGAGGCUGGGCUGGGGGUAAGUUGGGAGGCACCGAUCCAGAGGGGAUCAGAGUGCAUACAAAAAAAACCCUGGAAAACUUUGAACAACAAAGGGGAUGAAAUGAAUGGGAUGAAAUUUUACAGCACAAAUAUGAGGUCAUGCGCUUGAAGAUUAAAAAAAGAAGUUUGCUAUAUUUCAUGUUAAUUGACAGUAAAAGGUUUUUGUCUAUAGAGUUUGUCACAAGAUGUCCCAGAUGCAUUUUGGUAGAAUCGUGAAAGCUCAGCCUGUGCUACGAGAUAAAUUUCCAGUUGGGAUGAAGCAGUAGUCAAGCCACUGUGCAGAGGCCAAAUAAUUAAGUGGAACUGCAGUAGUGAGAUGUUGAGGAUAGGUACUAAACCAGUAUCAAUAAAGUGCACACAAUCCUGCGAGAUAAGAGAAGAGCUUGAUUGAUUUAGCCUAAGACACAAGUGUAACUGAUGUCUUUAUAAGAAGAUAAUAAUGAGAAAGAUAAAGACAGUUCAAUCUAAACAUAAAUGCAGCCACAAGGAGAAAAAGGAGAACAAGCAGUCAGGGAUAAGUAGUGGCUUAAAUGUGUUCUGGACUCUAGAAAAUUUUUUUUACCGAGUCAGGCUCUGACAAAAAAGAAAUAACAAAAGGGCUUGUAAAAGACAAAGCAGUGGUGCUUGGAGUCCCAGGAGAGCCUCUCCCAGUGGGACCAGGCGGCCAAUCCCAGUGCAGCCCCGUUUGGCUGCAGAAGCUGCAUUUGGCUGUGACAGGGCACAGCGUGAACAACCCUGGCUUUGUCCCAUUUUGUCCAUGGCGUUUGCCAAAGUGUGAACUGCCUUUCAAAUCCAGGUCUUGGCUCUUAGUAUUAGACAUUUUCAUAUUCCAGUAUUCAUUUGCAGACUUGAAAUACUGGGAUUUUUAGGUGAGAAACCACAGAUUUAGACAAAUCCACAUCUCAUUUCCAUUUAGAGUAACAAACAUUGAAAUGAAAAAUCUACCUGGAAUCUGGCAAAUCCUUUUUCCCCCCAUCAUAUUGUCUUAUCAGCAAAUGGUGCUAAUUUGGGAGUAUUUUGAGCACUAAUUAUUUCAUGGUUCUGAAGAGAUUUGAAGAUAAGGCCUAACAAUCAGAAUUUCAAUGUAAAAAUAAUUUGAAAUACUCCUCCUUCCAUAGCAGCAUCUGUAGUAUUUUAUCUAUCAUAACACUUGGCGUUAUAAUUGUCUGAUGCAGCUUCUAAGCACCUGGUCAUCCUUCAGCGGUAAAAGGCCAAAACAAACCCCUAACAACAAGCAGCUCAGGAAAGCAGCUUAUUCACGGAAGCAGAUAGUGCAUAGACUCACUGAUAAGAGAUCAUUAAUCAAUCAAAUUACUCAGUACAGUUUGUAUCUAAAAUGAAUAUUUAUGUAGCACUAGAAAAUUCAACUAUAAAGUUCAAUUUUGCCAGUCAGAGCAGGCUGCAGUAGUUAUUUUUCUUAACAAGGAAGAAAAGCCUCUAAACAGCAAAAAGUAAUUUUGCCAGUUGUGGCUUUGAUUAACACCAAGCCAGUGUUGUGCAGGUGGGUUAUCCUCCUGUUCCUUUCUAUGUAAAAAUCCUUUGUCUUCUGUUAAAUAAUAAUGCAACAGCAGAUUUGAUGGUGCUGCUGCAGCACCCUGACGGCACACUGGUGAAGGACACCUGCUUUAAUAUAAACCGAAAGACAUCUUAUGUCCUUAAGGUGUGAAUUCCAGAGCACUUGGUCCCACCCUGCCCCGCUUCCCCUGCUGUGCUGGGCAAUUCACUUUUCCCCUCUGCUGCAGUUUGGGGAGGGAACUGAGGAACUGUUCCCUUACCUCUGGUUCUGUGGAGAUGUCAGAGAGAAAAAUUGUGAGCUGCUUUGAAAACUGUCAGUGUUUCACAUGCAUAAUGUAGUGCUAAUGACUUGAAAAAUGGGAAACUAGAUGGUAAAAAGGGUAACCAUCACAAAGAUAUAUAAAAAUCUCCUGGUUUUAAUUCCUAUAAAUGCAUUAAUUGAGAGCACUGACUGAGUGCAUUUUUUAUGUACUUACUCUGCCUCGUUUCAGGAUUCAGAGGACUGCACUAAUACCAUCAAGGAACAAUUAACAUGGCUGUUAAUUUUCCUUAGGGGAAAAAGGAUAAACUCUUAUUUCUGUGUGAAGUUUUUUCAGACCCCAUUGUCUUCAACAGUUCCUACCCUUUGAUUCCAAGAGUAUCAGAAUUCAGAACAUAAGUAAAUGUUAGAAAAAUAUCUUACAAAUACAGUAACGGCAAGAGAACAUUUCCUCUGGGCUUCAGACCAGCAACUUCUGAUUUAUAAAAGAAUUGAGAAUUCUUUCAUCACGGUUUGGUGUGAGGACCUAGUUAAGGUCCUUCUAAAGCACGUACACCCUGAGAAUCGGGCUGUGAUGCGCUGUUGCAAUUGAGUGCAGCGGAAGAAAGGUUUGUUGGUACCUGGGCUCCAAUCAGUUGAAUGGGUUACACCUUUGUAUGCUGAAGCCUACGCUGGCUUCAAGGCUGAAUUAAUGACAAGGACUUGUUUAUCUUAGAACAAUUGGUUUGCUUUUCAUAGUUAACCUUUCACAAGUGUUUCUAGAUGAACUAAGACCACAAGAUGAAAAUCACUGUGUUAAUACAAUGCCAUAAAAUAAACAAAUAACUCCUUGAAGAGGACAGAGAGGUUUUGAAAGGCCUUGAUUUUUGCCCUUUUUACACAGGGUAGGAAUGGCCACAGUAAUCUGACCAAGUAAAAUUGCUAUAGCAUUACUGCAUUUACAGCUCAUUUUGCACCUAAGAUCCAUUACCUCGGCUGGGUGGGGAGGCAGUGUGGAAUGAUAGCAGUUGUAAGGUAUGUUUUUGCAUGAAACGGAACUUUUCAUGGUUUUAGGAGAAUGUUCUAGAGAUGAUAUUUUUAUAUCAGUUUAUACAACUGGCAUUUUCAAAUACAUUUUGUAAAAAGAAAAACUGUACAGAAUAUCUGAGGGCUUUUCCAGUUAAGUUUGAGGGGUUCUAGUGUACUAAUAGUGUUAUAUUUUUCUUCACGUUUCUGUAUUUUUAACUAAGCAUGUGUAUUCUGCAUUAAGAUAAAAGUCUUAAUAUAAUUUGUUCAACUUCUGGUGUUGUAUCGUCUAAUCCAUGUUGUCAUUUUCAUCUUACUGAUCUGUGUGUGUUUGGUUUGCUCUGUGCCCUGUGUCUGUCAGGGCUGAAUUUAAGCUAUUCUGAAAACACUGCCCAGAUGGUGGUAAUGAUGGGUUCUCUAUCAGACAGGAUUCAGAGCACUCCUCUUGGCUGUGGAAGGUAGAAAGGUAUCUGAACAGGAGACAUUUCUAUUGGGUUGUUAAAAAUACUUGGGCAAUUGCUUUAAGCGGGAUCUUUUGAACUUCAGGAAGACUGAGAAAGUAAAAAGGAAACUCUGUUUGAUGGUCAAGUCCUUUUCUGUGGGACAAGGGACAAUUAAAAAAGCUCUUUCUUGCUGUGUGCAAACUGCAUUCUGUUUUACAGGACAUGAACUAAAGAACUUUCCCCACCUCUGCAAAGAGAAGGAUAAAAACUGGAGCUAGGAAAAUGCAUUGCUGCCUUUGAUUCCCCCAGCUGUGCAUCUGAAAUUUUCCUUGACCCUGAAGGUGAGACAGGUCCUGAGUUUUCCCUCAGAGUAUUAAACUCCACUUUCUAUGUUCUGACACUUAUUCAGAAUACCAAAAAUCUGGUGACAACUUUUAUUGUUCCAAUGCUGUAUGUGCUGCACCAAGCGCAGCAAUCCAGCUGUCAGAGUGAAGAAAUAAGAGACUAAUGUAACAGUUAAAUCCCUUUAGCUAUGCCUCUGACCAAGAUACUAGAAUUUGGGCUUCCUUCUCUUAGUAGCAAUAAAGACAGAACAUGUUAAAGGAGAGAUUCAAGAACAGUUUUUUUCGUGGCUUCCUGUGUGGUGAAAAAUGAACUUCUGGUUUGUCCCAUUAUUGCAUGUUGAACUAUGUAAGGUUUGGUUCUUAGCCAAAAAUCAUCCCAUCAAAUUCUGUAAGGCAUCAAAGUCUGGGAGCUGAACAUUAUUACAAGGCAAAGGCAGGCCUCUAGUUUUUCACACUGUUUUUAACAGUGGUUUAAUUUCCACCUCACUCCAAGAAACUUAAAGGGGUGCUAUUGGUUCAGCAACUCCCGAAAACCAGACCUGUUUCAGCCUUAAAAGACCUGAAUGUGUGACACUAGGACAGAAACCAGAGAAACAAAUGAAGUGAACGUGCCAUGGAUAGUAGCAGUUUUGGGCUGCUCUACAAGAAAUACUUUAUUCUGGAGAAAACGACAGAAAUCAGAGAAUGAAGCAGUUGGUGCGUGUCUCCCCUUUCUCGCUAACAAGUUAUGCAGGUCUGCAUGGCCAAGCCUCAACUUUUUGGAGAUACUAUUCUGUUUUAGAGGCAGCUACCUCUGCAUAGGAGGAAGAAGAAAACCAUAAAUAAAAGCUAAAUGGGCAUAAGAAGUUCAAAUUAAGAAACAGAGACAUCAACUAGUAAGCUUUCCUUCUGAGGGUAAUGCAGAUCAUGAAAGGCACACUGCUGCUGCUGUUGAGGGGGCCAGGAGACACUGCUGAAGACCUGCUGGCGUGCUGUGCGCUGCGCUCGCUGCCCGCUCUCAGCUGCACAGCUGCUGUCAUCGUCUGCAGGGAGGCAGCUGCAGUCCAGCCAGACCGGCACCAGGGCACCCCAGAGACCACCCACUACCAAACUUUCCCUGCAAGGAGACCGAGACUUUAAAUCUGCCAGGCUAGGACUGUCCACAUCCUGUGGGCACAACUAUACCAGAGGAAAUUCUGGGAAGAAGGCACGGUACCUGUCCUCUUUGCCCAGCCUCCACACCUGGGUGCUGCACGAUGCUAGGCGGCGUUUUGCUACAGCGGACGUGUGGCCUGAGUCUUCUAUGUUAUUUCCAAGCUUUUCUUUGUUUAUUGUUGUCCUGUGCUCAUUAAAAGGCUGAGAGUACUCUUCAGUGAUUAACUGUGUUCAUCUUGCAGAUAGCUUUCUAUUCAAAUAAAUGUCUGUCUUGUACCGGUUGUUCUGUUUUACAGUGGCGAUUUAACUAAUAUGUCAUGAUUCCCUCCCAUUAAGCAGUAAAUAAUAGUUACUCCAGGCUUAUCCAUUAGUAUCUACACAGCUUCAAUGAAAUAUCUUCCCCCUGUCAUUAUAUUUAUGCUGGGAAGGGU